GACGGCAGCACACAUCCAUGCACCGUGGACGUAUGCGGUGGUGGAGUGGGCCGCAAUAUGGCGGAGGCUCUGUGGCGACUGCGUGGCGGGAGAGUGCGCCUGCUCACUGCUGUGGGCGACGAUAGUGAUGGCCGCUACUUGGCAAGUGUCGCCCCUGGGCUGUUGCUUGACGGAUGUGUUAUCAAAGAUGCGCGCACACCGACCUAUGCCGCAAUAUUGGACGCCAAAGGAGAAUGCCUGAUGGGCUUAGGAGAUAUGGGUUUACACAGCCACAUAACUUCAGAAAUGGUGGAUAAGCAUAAAAAGGUGUUACAGCAAGCCCCCCUUGUGAUAUUCGACGGCAACAUACCUGAAUCCACAAUGGAGCAUGUUAUGCAACUUUGUAACAGCAUGAAGAAACCAGUACAAUGUGCUUACCCAUCAAAUGGCUAUAAAAAUAUAAGUAUCAUUCGGACGGACUAA